UUAUUACUUAUAUCACAGAAUAGUAAGUUGUUCUGUGGUUAUUUAAUUUGUCAUAUUUUCCUGUAUCACUCUGUAUCAAGGUGUAUUUAUCAAUACAUCAAGGUGUAUUUAUCAAUACACCUUGCUCUGUAUAACUUAAAUGUUUUUACUUUUUACUAUCUAUGAGCACAUGACAUCAAUGUUGAUACUUAAUAUUGGCGUGAUGGAAUCUCAUGGAUAUCUUUAUGGAAUCCCCGUGGUAAUAAAUGAUAACCACUUGUAAACAGCUCCACAUUCCAGUUUCAUUAUUAUACUAACGUUGAGUCAUUGCCAUUUGCAAUUUUCAAUUUUGACGGUGCGAUUGAACUAAAUAAUCUGAGCUGUCGGAAACUGAAGGUUAAUUCUCUCCGAAAGAUUGAACAGACGAUUUAUUAAUCCCGUCGUGUAGUAUUCAUCGUAUCGACCAUCGGCGAACAAAACCUAACCGAAGACGCUGAAUUAAAAUGACUGAAACAAUGGGAUUUGAUCUGCAAGAUAAGUCUGCACAUAUAAGUUCAUUAAACAAAACUCCAGCCUCCAUCGUACAAGAAUAUGCAGCCAAAAAUCGCCUUGUUCCUCAGUAUGAUCUCAUACAUAAUGGUGUUUCACAUAGUAAGGUCAGCUUUAAGUAUAGUCUGACUCUCGAUGAUUAUGUAGCUGUUGGCGAUGGAUCUUCCAAAAAAGAAGCCAAGCAUGUGGCAGCGUUAAAUCUUCUUAAAAUUAUGAUUGAAGAUAAACCGGAGUUGUUAAAUACUGAUUUUAAACAGUGGGAUUUUGAUAACCAUGUUGUCUCUCCAUUUGAUAACAACAUAAAAGUAAAUGCUGUUGGGCAAUUGAAUGACAUUUGUACAAAUAAUAAACUGGGAUUGCCUGAAUUUAAUUUAGUUAGAGAAGAAGGACAAGCCCAUGCUAAACUAUUUACUAUCAGUUGCCAUGUAGCUAAAAUGAUCGAAACAGCAACACACAAAACCAAAAAACAGGCCAAGCAUUUGGCUGCUGUUCAGAUGGUGAACAAAUUAAUGUCUAUUGAUAAGUCACUGGUAAUGGAAGGGGAUCACAUUGUAUCCGAUUCAAUGAAAGUCUUGGAACAAGUUGAAAUUAUUAAAUCAGAGCAAAUAAAAAAAUCUAUGCCCAUGGAUGUAAAUUUUGAUAAUUAUCAUUUGCUUUUUAAAGAAACAGCUGAAUGGUCAAACUCAGUUACACUUCAAAAGAUAAUCAAUCAGUAUAACAAAAAUGGUACAUUGGAUUUACCGGAAGCUUUUAAAGUUUUAUGCAAUGUUGUAACUGAAUGUGAUUUGUGCUUAACAUCAAAUAUUUUAGAAUCAGAAAAUAUUGAAAGAAGAUCUAAUGUUUUUUAUAUUCUUUCUGUAAAUAAUGUAUACCCUGUUGUUCAUGGUUUGGGUGAGGGUGUGGACACUGUAUAUGCUCAACAAAUGGCUGCAAAAGAGUUACUCAUUGGUAUCUGUAUAUUAUUACAAUAAAGACAUUUAGUUAAUAUUUAUCCUGCCAUAAUUUGAAUGAAAUAAACAACAACAAAAAAUGUUAAAACAUUAAAAUUAUCAUGACCUUUUUCUUCAUAAACAAUUUUAAAUGUAUUGUGUAUUAUUAGCUUGUCUAUUUCUAUAUGAAUAAUAUCAAUUAUAACUAUUGUUGUCGCCCAUAAAUUUUCUAAAAUAUAUUUUUUUAUUUAUUUUAUAUAAUGUAUUAUGUUAAUUAAAUGUUUAUUUUAUACUUA